GCAGAGGUUGCUGAACUUUCCCAGCAGCUGGACAGGGAAUCUAAAAAAUGCAUGCAGCUGGAAGCCCAAAAUCAGGAUUUGCAAGAAGAGCUGUCCACUCUGCAUAGGAAGUGUGAACAACUGGAGGUGGACAAAUGCCAGCUGCAAGAAGAGCUGUCAAAACUCCAGCAUCAUUUACACACUAACAUGGUGGAUCGCUCCCAGCUAGAACAAUGUAAAAGAGAGGCGGAAGAACGAGCAAGCAAGGAAAUAACACAAAAGCUACAAGAAGUCAAUCAGUUUUUGCAAGAACAGGCAGCCUACCAGGACACAUUAGAAAAAAUCAGAAGCAGUCAUUUUGACUCACUGAAAAACCAGUUAGAAGACAGAACUAGAGAUCUUGAACGUGCACUGGGAAGGAUAAAAAGCAACCAACAAGAAAGACCUUUUCAACAAGAAUCCAGACAGCCAGAAGUGGACAAGUACAUAGAGCUGUACCUGCAGGAAGUGAAAACCAGCAAAAGCCUCGCAAAGAAACUGGAAAGAGCCAAUGAGAGACUUGAAGAGGCCAACGCGAAGCUCCUUUGGGAGCGCCAGAGAAGCAAAUCUGCAGCCACAAUCAGCGAUGUCAGCAGACGUCUGGCUGCAGUUCCACCACUGGAUUCAGCUGGCCUGGGACACCUUGGGAACCGUCUGGGACUGGGCAGAACUCCCAGCCUCAGAACACACCCCAGCCACAUCUGGUAAAGCUGACGACUUUUGGUCAGCAGAGCAACUGUGGUAAAGAGUACUGUGAGGCAGGAACUUCCCACCUAAGUUCAACACUAAAUUUACAUGUCCGGUCUGUGUGACCUGUUUCAAAUGGCUGAUGUCACCAUGAGUGCCAAAUGCCAUCAGACAUCUGUGAGACACCGAGGAGGAGCCAGCCACGUCCCAAAGUCCAGCGCUGCCCCAGUGGUGGCAGGCCUGGCCCAGCCGUCCCAGGGAGCAGCACCCAGGCCAGGCCGGCACCGCCACAACCACAACCACUGCCUGUGCACUGCCUGCUCUUCCCUGGCAGGAGCCCUUGGUGCCAGUGGGGCAGGCAGGAGCUUUCCUGCUGCCCGCUCAGCCCCUUGGCCACGGAUCUCCUUCUGCCACGCCAGUUGCGGCCUGGAGCGACGGCAACGACACUCCCUGUUCGGGAGGGUGCUCAGGGCUGUGCCGGGCUGUUCCUUGGCACCUGUGUCCCACGAGGGCAGGAGCAGCAGUGCCAGGCUGCCAGCACCAGGCAGCUGCCUGCAGGUGACCGUGUGAGCCUCGGCAGCGUCCGGCUGAGAGCGUGGCACAGGGAGGCACCGCAGCCACGGCUGCAGGGACAGCACCUCGGGCAUUUGGCUGCCCCAAGCACACACUGCCAGCCUGGGCUCACCCAGUGAUUCCUGUCACCAGCCUGGGAUUGCCCUAAACACACCUUAGGGCUUGAGCUGGGUCACAGUUUCAUCGAUUUUUGCCAAUAGAUAGUAGGGCACAGAUAGAUUAGACAG